GUUUUUCGUUGGAAUAUACGUUGCACAUUUAUGGCGAUUCUGAGCGUGAGGGCAGACUUCUGCCAGGCUCAGCACAGCGUUUUCGCUGACAAGUGAGCUUGGGGCUUCUAUGUGCCAUAAUUAACAUUGCCUUGAAGACUCUGGACACCGAGACUGGCCUCAGAAACAGUUGGCUUUUUUUUUUUUUUUUUUUUUUUUUUUUUUUUUUUUUUAUUGCAAGCAUAUUUCUUUUAAUGACUCCAGUAAAAUUAAGCAUCAAGUAAACAAAAGUGGAAAGCAACCUACACUUUUAACUUGUCUCACUAGUGCCUAAAUGUAGUAAAGGCUACUUCAGUUUUGUAUGUAGUUGGAAUUUUUGGAGUCCGAAGGUAUCCAUCUGCAGACAUUGAGGCCCAAGUUGAAUUUGGAUUCAAGUGGAUUCUAAAUACUUCUGCUUACCUUGAAGAGAGAAGCUUCUUAAAGAAUAAACAAGUUGAAUAGAGAAAACACUGAUUGAUACUAGGCAUUUUAGUGGUCUUUUUAAUGUUUUCUGCUGUGAAACAUUUCAAGAUUUAUUGAUUUUUUUUUUUCAUUUUCCCCAUCACACCUACACACGCACGCUCACACUUUUUAUUUGCCAUAAUGAACCGUCCAGCCCCUGUGGAGAUCUCCUAUGAGAACAUGCGUUUUCUGAUAACUCACAACCCUACCAAUGCUACCCUCAACAAGUUCACAGAGGAACUUAAGAAGUAUGGAGUGACAACUUUGGUUCGAGUUUGUGAUGCUACAUAUGAUAAAGCUCCAGUUGAAAAAGAAGGAAUCCACGUUCUAGAUUGGCCAUUUGAUGAUGGAGCACCACCCCCUAAUCAGAUAGUAGACGAUUGGCUGAACCUGUUAAAAACCAAAUUUCGUGAAGAGCCAGGUUGCUGUGUUGCAGUGCAUUGUGUUGCAGGAUUGGGAAGGGCACCCGUGCUGGUUGCACUUGCUUUGAUUGAAUGUGGAAUGAAGUAUGAAGAUGCAGUUCAGUUUAUAAGACAAAAAAGAAGGGGAGCAUUCAAUUCCAAACAGCUGCUUUACCUGGAGAAAUACCGACCUAAGAUGCGAUUGCGUGUCAGAGACACCAAUGGGCACUGCUGUGUUCAGUAGAAAGAAGUGUAAACGAAGGCUGACUUGAUUGUGCAUUUAGAGGGAACUCUUGGUACCUGGAAAUGUGAAUCUGGAAUCUUAACUGUGUCACCAAAGUAGCGAUGGAUUCAGUACUCCUCAACCACUCUCCUAAUGAUUGGAAAAAAGCAAAAAAGAAAUCCCUCUAUAACAUGAAUAAAAUGUUUAAGAAAAGAAAAA